GAUAUCGAUCGCUCGAUCGAUCGAGCAAAGAAUUUUAGUCUGGUUGACGUCGCCGAUCCGCAGAUAACAACAUAACACUUUGCGUUUGACGAUAACAAAGUUGAGAUAGCAAGCAUGGACGAAACUUCAAGAGGGUCUGAAGGCACAUUUUUGUAUUAUGGAUAUGGCAGUAAUCUAAUGAAAGAGAGAAUUCACUUGAAAAACCCGUCUGCUGUUUUUGUUGACGUCGCAGAAUUAAAGGAUCACAAGCUAUGUUUUGGAGGACAAAGCGACUGGAUGAGUGAUAGAUGGCAUGGUGGUGUCGCUACUGUUGAAGAAAGGAAUGGGAGUUCUGUGUGGGGCAUAGUGUGGAGAUUAGAGGAAAAGGAUCUCGCAAGUCUGGAUUUACAAGAGGGUGAAGGCGUUGUUUACAGACGAAAGGAAGUCAUUGUGACAUCACAAGAUGGUACCCGUCAUACAUGUUGGACAUAUAGCAUAAUAGACUUUAAGGAGGGCACCCCUUCACCUCAAUACAUUGAUGUGAUCAGGAAGGGGGCCGAUCAAAACUCUCUCCCUGAGUAUUACCUUGAAUGGCUGAGAUCGAUUGAGGAUAACGGAUACAGCGGACAGGUGGAAAUCAUGAAUUUAAUCGAUACCGAGAGUAGUGAUGAUACCUUCCUCUACUUUGGGUACGGUAGCAACAUGUUGAAAGCUAGGAUUCAUGUGCACAAUCCUACUGCUCAGCUAGUUGGUCCAGCCAAACUUGAGGGUUAUAAGCUGUGUUUUCAUGCCUAUCCUGAUUGGAUAAGUUACUGGAAAGGUGCACCUGCUACUAUCAAGAAAGCUCCAGGUGAUCAUCUAUGGGGUGUAGUGUGGAGACUACAUAUAUCAGACCGAGAUCACCUAGAUAGUCAAGAAAGUGAAUACAGCGUCCUGGAUGUUACCGUGACAACACCAGAGGGCAGCAGUCAUGUUUGUCGCACUUAUCAACUUGAUGACAACGUAGAGGAGAUGGCUCCCUCACCGCAUUACAUGAAAGUUUUGAUAGAGGGCGCCAAACAAUCGCGAGUUCCUUCCUCUUAUGUUCAACGUCUUGAAGCGAUACCUCACAAUGGAGAUAAGGAUCCUCCUCCUAUUAUGGCCACUCUCUUCAAAUCUACCCCAUCUCAGUCAUGACAUGGGCCAGAAUAAUGAUAUUACUUAACUUUCUUUUAUGAUGCCUACACUUCCAUCUACCUUAUCAGUGUCCUUCAACAUAUUGUAAUCAAUUUUACCAAUUUUAACCUGUUUAUACAUGGUUCAUCAUAGACCUACAAUUGAUAUCAAUCCAACUUAUAGGAAUGAUUUAUUUAAUUUCUAGGAAAUUGGAUUCUAUAUAUAGAGUACUUUUCAAGAAUGUAGCACAAUUUCAUGGGUACAUCAUAUAUGGUACUUUUUUAUUCGUAUUGUGAACUAAUCAGUGAUGUUAUUUCUUUUUGUUUAAUAUUUGAGUAAAACAAAUAAGUACUUAGAUGUCUCAGAUUUACCUAGGGAAUCUAGGUUAUUCUUUGCUAUUCUUAUUUUUAACUUUUAUGGGCAUUCAUGCCAUACUUUUAAGAAGCAUACCGGUAUUAUGUAGGUACGGGCAGUUAAUUUCAUUUGCUGGUACUAAAAUGUAUGGUAAUGAUAUGAAUGAAUUAUGUUUUAAUGAUCUAUUAUGAAAAGUGCCGCAGGUAUCUGGCAUAAAUAUGCUAGCAUUCAGUAGUGAUGUCCAGUAGUAGUACAUUGUAAUAUUUUAUAUGUUCCCACUCGCACAAAGAUAAGCUUCUUCAAAAUGCUUGCUAGAUGGGAGUGUACAGAUUAAAAAAUAUUAAAAAUUGAAGUAGUUAAUUGGCAAUCCAUUCUUUUUGAUCAAAUCAUUUGCAUGAAAGAAAAAUAAAAUAUCUGAAAAGGGGGAUGAUUAAAGUACGAAAUUAUGGAUAAGUUACAUGAAAAUAGGGGACUUCUGAAAAAUAAGCUCACUAAAUCUGCAAUUCUAUCCUUGGCUGUUGGGUAGGUCAACAAAAAAAGGUACACGUCUUCCAUUUGUCAUGUUUAACUAUUGUACUUACAUAUAAGGGUGACCUACAGAUCUUACAAAUGGCUUAUUCAAGUCUGCACUCUGAAUGAAUAUUGUUUUUCUGUCACUUCUAACACUUAACAAAACAAUUCUUAAAAACUUAUUGAUACAUUGAUCAUUUUACAAUCAUGUCUCAUUCUCUAUUUGAUACUUUCAAUUGAGAUAUAUUCAACUAUGAUGCAUACAAUAUCUUUGCAUGUGUGUGAGCUGAUCUUCAUUUGGUAAAAGGGCUAUUGAACUCUAUGAAGGAUUCCCACUCACUGCUGAAUUACCAAAUACAAACUCUUGUAUUUUGAAUUUUGAACCCCCAAAUGGAUUAAAUCAUGUAAAUUAGAGUUUGCCAUGAAAACCUUCAGGUUUCGAAAUAGGAAUACCGAUAGGCUAAUAAAAAUGAUUUGGCAGCCAGUCACUGAGAAAAGCAAGCUCAUAUAAACAGAUGAAUACAAACACAAGAACAGCCAAAUAAUGAGGAUUAUUACUCUUGUUCUUGGAUGCCAGCUUGACGCACAAGAUACUCAUACUUUGUCCACUACCUGAGGAGCAAAGUGCACAAAUUAGAUUUGAUGAAACCAUCAGAAGUAAUUGUAAAUCUUGUUUUUGAAAGAUAUUGAUUGUAUAAUAUUAUAUAUAUCGUAUACAGAUGAAAUUUAUUUUGUAUAUAAUGCAUAUAUAUACUGUAUGUGUAUAAUUUGUUAUGAUUUUAUAUUAAUUCUGCAACUAAUUCUGCCUGGAAUAAUUGAUAUGAUAAACAUGUGAUGUUUGGUUUAUGUACUGUGAUAAUGAAUGAUUUAUUAGAAAUGUAUGUACUCUGUGUGACAAUUGUUAAGCAAACAUCCGUCCACAUCAGAUGUUGAUCACAUGAUUAAUGUGCGGUAACUUUACUGUAUUAUUCUGUGUGUUUUAUCCAAUUAUAUAUACUAUUUUUAUAUGUAUUUGAUGUUGAUGGUUAUUGCGGUAUCUUUUUUAAUGAGCAGAUUGAUAAGCAGAUGGUAAAAGGCAAUUAUUAUUCAAGUAAUCAUAGUAAUAAUAAGGAAUAUUAACUGUACAUUUAUAUUGCGCAAUUUCUGUGCAUUACAAUAAUACUAUUACCCCAGCUACAGACAUGCUGCCUACAGGCGCUCUGGCAUUUGAAGAAUUACUUCCUACCGGGUACCCAUUCACCUCACCUGGGUUGAGUGCAGCACAUUGAGCACAAUGUGGAUAAAUAAAACACACCAUGGCUGGGAAUCGAACCCACGUCGCUCAGAUUGAAUGACAUGAGUCAUAACCACUAGACCACGAUGCCCCCACAAAGUUCCAUAUUUAACUAUAGGAUUUCCUUCACUCUUAAUGGGUGAAAAUGAGAUUGGUUUUGCAUAAUUUACUCCUGAAAAGUCUUGUUACAAAAUAUUUAUUUCCUGACUGAAUUAUAUACAAGUAUGACAAGUGAAUCAAAAGAGUCUAACCCUAAAUAGACGGCGCUAUUUCAACACCUAAGAAGCCUGGGGGGGGGGCUGAUUCAGCCCCCCCUUAUGAUCUCGGCCGUAGAUCACGCGAUCGCGACGAAAAUUGGCACGCGUGUUACCCAUGGCAUUAUCUACAAAACUUUAAUAUCAAAUUCUGCGAUAAAUCUCAUUGCUCAUUAAUUAUGUUUAAUUUAUGCGUAAAAUCAUAAGUUUGCUCUAAUUAACAAAAUAAUGUCCCUAAAAUGCUAUUUUUGUUUCACAUACUCUUUAUAGGCAUCUGAUUAAAUCUAUUUUUAAAAAAUGUCAACAUUAAUUUUUUUAUUUUAUUGUUUUCUAAAUUUCUUAUGUAUUUCUUUGUUUUUUUCGACUUUUUGUUUUUUAAAUGGAAAUUGUCGGAGACUUUAUUUUGACCAUAAACAAGAUAAAAUUAAUUGAUUUUAAGCAGUAAAAAAAAUAUGAUACAUUUUAUGAAUUUUGGCUAAAAACACUAUUUGCAUUGGAUUUGUACACAAAUUCAUGUGUUUGAGCAAUUUUGGGUCUGCAUGCACUUACAAAAUGUUGUGUAAUAUCGAAACCGUGUACCCGGGGGUCACAAUUUUGGUUUCAAAAGUUGCGCGAGACUUGAAAGUAAAAAGUCAGCAAGUGUCGUGGUAAAAAAAUUUCGCGCGGCGGAUUUAUCGCAAAAAAUGUCGAGGGGGGGCUGAUUCAGCCCCCCUGUCUUAGGGUUAAGUUCACUGAAAGCAAAAGGAUUAUAUGAAGGGACUAUUGAUUUAUCAAUGAUGAUAUAUUAUUCAAUACUAAUAACGGUAUUAAUUUAUGGUAUUGAUGGCAUAAAGUUUUUCUAGAAAUAAUAGUAAUAACUCUCAGUUGUUUUGGGGGUCCUUUCAUAACAUAGUUUUUAGAAUGAAUAUCAAACAAGCAGUUAAAAAUUUAAAUAAAUGAUGCCCUUCAUUCUUUGUAUUUGUAGUUUCUGUAUUACUCUGCUUGGAGAGAAGUAUUUUUGUAAUACAUGUAGAUGGGGACACUGGCACAUGGGUUCUGUUUAUUACAUCAGUUUGGAUUUGUUUAAUAUUUGGAACAAUCAUCUAAUUACGUUCUGUAUUUCGUAAACCUAGAAAUGUUGCUCUCAUGGAGUGUCCAAUCCUCCUCAAUAUAUCAUUAUAAUUGUAUAUCAUUUUAAUGUAUGAAUAUCAUGACAAAGAAGGCUUAUUACCUUGUCCUAUAUUAGGAAGUUUUUAUCUGCAUUUCUCCUCAUUGUGUAGGAAAUGCAUGUAGUAAUUGUAUAAUUUUAACAAUAGAUAUCAUAUAUUCAGGAGAUUUAUUGUUUUAUGACUUUGCAAUAAUAAGAAAAUGGAUGUGUAAUAUUUUCAACAAUGUACUUAUUAAGAUGACUUCUUGCUGUGAAAAUUACCGUCUGGGACGUAGAUUGUGAUUUCACUGAAAUACUUAGAAAAAACAAUUCCUGUUGCCGUACACAUUCAUAUAUGUUGAAAAGUGGUUGUUAUUGUAUAUUAAUCUCUACAUGUACUGUGCAUAUUUAGCUCAAAUACCAUUAUUUGUAGCGCCAAGAUUAUAAUGAAGUACAGUAUGAGUUGAGCUUAUUGAAUAUGGAAAUUAAAACAUGGUUAGCUUACAUGAAUUUUAUAAUGUUAGUGUUGAAAGUUGAAACGGUACAAAAAUUUAUUUGGUUUCAUGUCAAACGUGUGUGUACCUCUCUGUACUGUAGAUACUGGGAAAUAAAAUUUAUAUUACUGCAUUGAUCAAA